UCAUGAGUUAUUUUUCCUACUUUUGCUCUUUUUACACUUAUUUUUCAUACUUUUGCUCUUUCCCAGCCUUAGUUUUCAUACUUUUACACUUUUUACACUUAUUUUUUCAUUCUUUUGCACUUUUUACACUUAUUUUUCAUACUUUUGCACUUUUCCAGCUUUACUUUUCAUACUUUUACACUUUCAGUUUUUCAGACCUAUUUUUCAUACUUUUAUACUUUUUUCACACUUAUUUUUCAUACUUUGCAGUUUUCUGGACUUACUUUUCAUACUUUCACACUUGAAGAGACUCGUUUUCCACAUUUACACAGGCUCGUUUUCCAGUGUUUCCUCACUUAUGUAACCUAAACUUCACAUUUUCCCGCCCUUUUCACAGUUUUCCAGAAUUAUUCAUACUUUGUCACCUUCCCAAGCAAACUUUUUCACUCACACGCUUUCCUAGACUCAUUUUUCAUUUUUUUUCCAGUAUUUUCACACGUAUCAGAUUUUCUUCAGUAAAUAUCCCCCUCCCCCCACUUUUCAGGAGGACCUUCUUUUUCACACACACACACACACACACACACACACACACACACACACACACACACACACUAAUUUAAAGAAGAUAAUCUCGCCUGAGGACAAACGGAACUUGAAAAUAUUGAGUGUAAUACUACUGAGGACAACACGUGGUGCCCCUCCCGCUAAUUAGGACACAGUAGGUGAAGAGGGUGCUUGGCGGGGCUCGAACCUCGUCAUCUUGCGGCGUGGCCAGAUAAUCCCCAGGGAGCCAUGGAAGGGGGUGGCCGCGCGGGAAUGUGGUGGGGGGGUCGCCGUGCCCCGCCCCCCUAGCUGGCUUCCUCUGGUCAAGCUGCUUUUGCUGUGGCUCCUGCUGCCUCUCGCCUGCUGCAAUGAUGAGUGGCGUACCAUUACUAUAGACGACAUAAUGCCCGAGGUGAAGACGGACUAUGACAAAAUGCGGCCGCCUAAGAAGGACGGAAAGGCGACUCAAGUGUAUUUCCACGUGACCGUUAUGGGGAUUGACUCCAUUAAUGAAAACUCUAUGACAUACGCGGCUGAUAUCUUCUUUGCGCAGACUUGGAAGGACCACCGCCUGCGCCUUCCUGAGAAUAUGACGUCAGAAUACAGGCUUCUUGAUCUGGAUUGGCUGAAACACCUAUGGCGCCCGGACAGCUACUUCAAGAACGCCAAGCAAGUGACAUUCCAAACUAUGACUAUUCCAAAUCAUUACGUGUGGUUGUUCCAGGAUUCCAAGAUACAGUAUAUGGUUAAGCUGACACUGAAGCUGUCCUGUGCCAUGAACUUCGCUAUCUACCCACACGACACGCAGGAAUGCAAACUACAGAUGGAGAGCCUGUCGCACACCACGGAGGAGCUGGUGUUCGAGUGGGACCCUGUGGUACCCCUGGACGUGGACCCCACCAUAGAGCUCCCUCAGCAGGACAUCAUCAGGAACUACACCUCAGAUUGCACGCAGGUGUACUCCACAGGUAACUUCACGUGCCUUGAGGUGGUGUUCACGCUGAAGAGGCGCCUCGGCUACUACGUCUUUCACACCUACAUCCCGACCUGCCUCAUCGUCAUUAUGUCCUGGGUAUCGUUCUGGAUCAAGCCUGAGAUCGCCCCUGCCCGCGUGACCUUGGGCGUGACCUCCCUGCUGACGCUCUUCACGCAGCAGGCCAAAUCUCAAGCCUCGUUACCCCCCGUGUCCUACAUUAAGACCAUCGAUAUAUUCAUGUCCUCCUGUACCGUCUUUGUGUUCAUGGUGCUGAUUGAGUACGCCGUAGUGAACAUCAUACUGGGUGACGGCUCUGGGGACGCAGCGAAGGGCCCUGCUAAGCCUGAACCCAAGCCAAGCAAAGCAACUGACUUAGCGAUCAAGGAGAGUCGCCGGUUCCUGCUGGGGGAGCCGCCGAAACCUCCGGGGCCCACGCCAGCACAGAUACGCCGCAACAAGGCCCUCAUGGUGGACAGAGUGUCGCGCUAUGUGUUCCCGACCUCCUUCGCCCUUUUGAACGGAAUCUAUUGGUUCAGCUUCAGGAAAUAUCUUUAAGUCUCUCCUCUGUCAGUUUCCUUUUAAGAAUUCUCCAAGAAAGGAAACAAUGU